UCGAGUGCGCAGAGGACCCCCUUCCACUUCGGGAUCAUCGCUUCUGUGCCUAAAGGACGUCUUAGUGUUAUGCCUAUUGUAUAGUGUUUUUAUAUAUCCAUAUAGUAUUAUAAUCUGUUUUAAUUCUUACAUGCUGAUAUAAGCCUCUGUUGGGUCCAUGCUGUGAAGUGAUUGUUAUUCAGAAAACGCUGAGAAUUUUUGUUUUCAUUAAGAAGUUCAUAGUCAAAUACUAUAGAAUGGUUAGUGGUGAGUUAGAUGACCCAUCAAAAGAAAAAAAUAAAUGGUAAAUAACUGACACAUGAAGUUUUCAUAUUAUAGUCGUAACCAUUACCUUGAAAACUUCCAUAAGUUAAUAAUGAGUAAGUAAAGAAAUGAGAAGAUAAAACUUAUAUCACCUAUAAACGUCAAUCGCAUUCAAAUCAUCUGUGUUUAAAAGGACAAAGUCAUGUAUUGUACGAGAAAGAUACCAGUGAAAUUCACCCCCAAGUGUACCUUUCACACUUGCUUUUUAUUCAUUACAAUAAACAUAUUAACUUUGUUGACUCUGUAUGAGAGAAACGAGCAUGUGGCUUCAGAAAAUCAAAGUGGAGAGCUUGUCCACCAAAACAGAGGACCUGUAUACCAAAGUGAGGGCUCUGCGCACCAAAAAGGCGACCCUGUACAUGGAAGUACAGAGGAGCAAGGAAACGAGCUAAACGGUGGAAGAGAGAUGACCAAGGAAGGGGAUUAUUAUGAUUCACCUGAGGACGAAGCUACUCACAUCACAGACGCUUACAUCACUCGGGCCCUCAGCCACCUCGGAUCAAGGACCAUCCGCGAGUGCGAACCACGACACAAAAUAAUGUACAUGAAGACUCACAAAUGCGCCUCCUCCACCCUCCAGAACGUUAUAAUGAGACACGUAAGGACAUAUAACACAGCCGUCUUUCCCGACCUCACUGCUAUCGUGGAAGAGAAGUUACGUAGAUAUUUCCUUCAUAAAAGUCGUGGUAAUGCAGGGAGUACAGAGAAUACAGAAGAUAAAGAGAAGGCAGAGAAUAUAGGUGACACACAAGAUACAGGAAAGAUAGAGGAUAUGGAUGUGGUAGAUAGACCGGGUAAAGGGGAUGAAAUAAGUGCAAGGAAUAUGGAAGAUACAAGGGAAGGUGUUGAAGAUGAAGAAAGGAAGAAAAAGGAAGGUGCUCAGCCGAUUUUAGUGGCUGUUCCGAAGAAGGGAGUCUAUAUCGGCAGUCCGGAGCAUUUUAACAUAGAAAGACACAUAGCCUCCCCAGGGCUCCUCCCCCCCAGCCGGCACGCGGACGUGUUCGUAGCGCACACCCGCCUCGACGCCGCCCAGAUGCAGAGGCUGAUGCACCCGGACGCCCUUUGGGUCACCGUGGUGCGCGACCCCCGAGGACUCUUCCCCUCGCUCUACUCCUACUACAAGCUCCAUUCUUUUUACGGGAUGUCGCUGAAGAGCUUCCUCCAGUUACCCUUGGAGACCAUGAAGACAAAGAGUCGCUUCGCUGCCGUCAUGGGAGCCAAUCAGAUGACCUUUGACCUGGGUCACAAUACCGACGCCUUUUACGACGACGCCAAAAUCGACGCUCUCAUCCGGGACAUCGAGGUGACCUUUGACCUGGUCCUGGUGGCGGAGCGCAUGGACGAGUCACUGGCGCUGCUCGGGAGGGCGCUGUGCUGGCCGACGCAGGACCUCGUCGCCCUCGACAAGAACCGGAGGAUGCAUAAGGGCGAGGAACUGCGUCAGGAAGAAAUCGACAAGCUGGAGCAGCUGAAUUACCUGGACGUGCGUCUGUACCGCCACUUCGCCCGCAAGUUCGAGCUCCUGACGCGGGCUUUCGGCAAGACCCGCCUGCAGAAAGAGGUGGAAGCGCUGAGGGCCGCCAGGAGCCAGUGGGUCGACUUCUGCGUGGAGGACGUGGUCGCAGGACGCAGUCGGAAAACCUCCUUUAAAGAAUACUCCGGCAACGUAUGGGGCUUUCGUCUCGCCCGCCCGGAGCACAGAACCUGCGAGUCCCUGGCUUGGAACACGGUGCAGUUCUUCGAUUACUUCAGAGUCUUCCAAGAAAGGCUGAGGCUGUGCGAGGCGGAGUGACAGUUGGUGCGUAGGUGAUGCGUCUCGUUAGGUUAGUGAGGGGGAAGGGGAAGAGGUUGGAGGUGGGAAAAGUGGAGGUAGAGGUGGAUGAGGUGGAUGAGGAGGUAGAGGUGGAUAAGGAUGAAGAGGUGGAUGAAGAUGAAGUGUGGGUGGUAGAAGAGGUGGAUGAA